UUUAUUGUAAAAUGUAAACCCAAUGACCUCUUUUGCAAAGUUAUGCAGUCCACUACUUUUUGCAAAGAAGAUUUGAUAUCUCCAGGACAUGAACAAGAGAUGCUCAUUGAGUCAUUGACGUUUCAAAUCAUAGCUCAGAGCUCUCUCUCUCUCUCUCUCUCUAUCUCUCUUAACCCACACAUCAGUACUUUAGUCUCUGCCAUUUUACAAAAUUGAAGAACUAUAUUAAUUUCCUAGAAUGGAAAUCUUGAGUUUGCUUUUUGGAGUCAUAGGCAAUGUGAUCUCAGUGCUCAUGUUUCUUUCUCCAGCUGGAACCUUUUGGAGAAUAGUAAAGCACGGAUGCACAGAGGAUUUCGAGAGUAUUCCUUACGUGUGCACGUUACUGAGCGCAGCUUUAUGGACCUACUAUGGGAUCAUCAAGCCAGGAGCCUUCCCAGUUGCCACUGUCAAUGGUUUUGGGAUCCUGGUGGAAAUCGUCUACGUAACUCUAUUCCUUAUAUAUGCACCACCAAAAAUGAGGGCUAAAACGUGGAUUCUUCUUGGGCUCUUGGAUGUGGGUUUCCUAGCAGCAGCAAUUCUGGUUACCCGCCUAGCAUUGCAGGGUCAAGUGCGGAUUGAUGCAACGGGGUUCAUAUGUGCUGGCCUCAAUAUUGUUAUGUAUGGUUCGCCUCUUGCUGCCAUGAAAACAGUGGUCAUCACCAAGAGUGUUGAGUUCAUGCCCUUCCUCCUUUCCUUCUUCCUUUUCUUGAACGGAGGGAUUUGGACUUUAUUUGCUAUUCUCACAGGUGAUUAUUUUCUCGGGGUUCCAAAUGGGGCUGGAUUUUUACUUGGAACUGCACAGCUAGUCCUCUAUGCGAUUUACAGGAAUGCCAAGCCUUCCAGGAUCGUUUCUGAUGGGCUUGAAGAAGGAUGGCAAUACCAAACCCUUAUCUCAUCUUCAUCAUCGGAACAAUCCCAUGAAGUUAAACAAUAAGACGGAAGAAGAAGAAGAAGAAGUGCAUGCUAUUAGAAUUAAAUUAAUCUUUCAUUUGUUUGGCAAAGGUCCAGGGAGCUGAUGCUGGAGUGAGAAGGAAACACUAUUUGCCUUUCUGGCUGCUCUUUCCAAGAUCUUUUCAGUGCUAUCUAUUACUACAAUAAUUAAACAACCCAAACAUUUGUGUUUAUGAAUAGCUAGGGAGACUUAAAAGCUUGUUUUGUGUUCACCACUAAUGUACAUAUACUAUAUAUAUGGAUCUAGAUUAUCUUGUACA